AUGUCCACUACCGACGUGCCCUCAGUCAAGGUGUACAAGCCUCUGGUGGAAAGCCAUAUACGCCGUCUAAGUGACGCGAGGCAAGAUACCGACGUUGACUCGCCCAUCGUCGAAUCGGAUUGCAUCGAACUUCUCAAUGAAAUCCGAUCCAUUCGAAGCCAAAGCGUCGGCGCCGACUUGCCUCAACUGCACAAUGCUGCGCUGGAAACCGUGUUUCGCGAGAUUUUCGUGCGCAUAGUGGCGACCGUCGACAUCUCCGAACCAUUGUUUGCUCAGGUCUGGGUUCUGCUGGACAUCAUAACAGUGCUGUCGGACAACGACCUCUGCGAGGCGGGUUUGGGGUUCUGGCUCGUGGAAGAGUUGCUUGAUAGUCAGACGAUUGAAGGGUGCCGGAGAGUGUUUGACUAUCUCGAUUCUCGGAGGGAGAAGAUUACGGCCAAGAAUUUUAAGCACAAGAGCUUGGUGAUACUGAGAUGUUGCAACGAGUUAUUGAGACGCCUGUCGCGCGCAGAAGACACGGUCUUCUGCGGCCGCGUCUUCAUUUUCCUGUUCCAGAGUUUCCCGCUAGGCGAUAAGAGCUCAGUGAACCUGCGAGGAGAGUUCCACGUUGAGAAUGUCACCGCGUUUGACCCUUCGCCCAAGAAAUCUGAAGAUGCGAUCAAGCCGAUGGAUUUGGAUACAGGAGCAGGAACACCGCAAGCGACUUCGGGAGCUCAGACACCAGCAUCAGGCAGCCAGUUACAGGAUCAAGAGACCACGUCCAAGACAGUAAGAGGAACGUCCAUUCCCAGACCGAUGAAAUCGGAAGCCAAAGAUCAAGCGCAACCACCACCUGACCUCGACGCCCUAUAUCCAAAGUUCUGGUCUCUCCAGUCUCUAUUCUCCUCGCCGACCAAGCUGUUUGAACUGCCCAAUAUGGCCAACUUCAAAGAAGGCCUAGCUCUGACGCUCUCAUGCUUCAAAUCCGUGUCCAACACUUCCGCACCCAGCACGACUCCUUCCGACGCGCGACGCGGACUCAAGCGAAAACGUACCGACACCGACACGGACAAUGUGUCCCACCCAGCAUCGACAUUCAACCCAAAGUAUCUGACAAACCGGGACCUCUUUGACCUGGAGGUCCACGACAUCGACUUCCGGCGUCACAUCUUGGUCCAGGCCCUGAUCAUGAUCGACUUCCUCCUCAGCCUCACCCCGACUGCCAAGGCGAAGUUCGAAGGACUCACGAAUAAGUCUGUGUUGUAUUCGUACACCAUGUCUGAUGAAGACACGAAAUGGGUCCAGUCCACCCGCGCCGCCAUCGCGAGCUAUCUGCAGCAGGGCAACGGCAACGAGGGCAAAUUCUAUUAUCGGAUGGUUGACACAGUCUUGUCCCGAGACAAGAACUGGGUCCGAUGGAAAGCCGAAAAUUGCCCUUCGAUAUCGCGUGACCCUGUCUCUCCGCAAGCUUAUCUCGAGGCGAAGGAGACCCUGACCAAGCUGACGAAUGCGCACAAGGCUCCGCUGCCCAACCCUCCGGGCGCGGCGGAUCUUGCCUUCUUGUCAAAGGUUGAGCCGUUGGAAGCGCUGAAAAAGCCAUCGACCCGACACAAGAUCCCUACCUUGGAAGAGUACUACCGUGCAAUUGAAACGGAUGAGCUCGACAUGGACUUUGCGGCGACGGAGGAGGAGAAAGCGGAGAUUGAGGAGCGCAAGGCUGGUAAGCUGUGGCGGGCGCUACGGUCAAGUGAGCGGCGAUUCACGCUGUGUGAGAAGGUCCAGUACGGUGGGAACCUGAAGCCGCUUAUUGAAGGUGAUAAUGAGACCGAGGAAAAAACAGACGAGGAUAAGGGGAGAAAAAAUGAUACUGAGAAGGCAGAAGAGAAGACGGAUGAAGGGGAUGCCAAAGGCGACAUGCAAGACCAGGGCGACGAACAGCCUGGCACCGAAGCUGGAGACCAAAUCCAGGUCAAGGAUGAGCCACAGUCCACAGUACCAGAGCUUACGAAUGAGUCGAGCGGCCAGGAUAAGGAGAGGACAGCUGAAGAGGUUGAAGAUGCAGAGAUGACUGAUGUCGUGGAUCCCCAGUCAGACCAGGGGCGCCCCGACGAUGCAGACCGCGAUUCUGGCGAGGCAGAGUGA